CAGUAGCCCCGCCCACUCCUUUCUCGCUAUAUAUAUGAGCGUUCGACGCUGAGAAUACACUGAUCUCUUUGGAUUGACUUGAUACAACAUUGCCUUCUUGGACUAUUACUCGAGCCCAGCACUUCAGCCUAUUGCUCUGUGGAUAUUUGCCAUCUCUUUGCUUUUACACAUCCUCUCGGAAUACUUGCAUUCAGCUCGAACCAUGACUCUGGAAGAGGUUCACGGACAGGACACCGUUGUUGAAAGCAGUGACAGGUAAUUAUCUGCCUGCCUUGCUGCAUUUUACUGGGAUUUAUUGCGGUUUUAUUCUAGAACUCUAUAUGGGAUGCAGAGAUGGGAAUGAUCCGGCUUUACAAAUGCAUUGGGAGCUUCAGGAUUAGAGCGAUAUUUUGUUGUUGUUGAUUUAUUGCAUAUAUCAUAAUGUAGUUUAAUAUUUUUUAAAUGUAGACUUGCAUUGCGAUCUACAUGUGAGAUCAGCCUAUUCAGCUCCAGCAUUGCCUGUCUAUGCAAUAAGGCUGUCUGUGUGUUCAGAGCUUAGUCUGCACAUUCCAUAUAAGGAGCUUUAGCACUUAGUCUCUUUUUAGAAAUCUGUUUAUUUUCUGUUGCUUGCAUGGUUUUUACUAAAUUAGCCCAGAUUUUAAAUGCAUGUUAUUUUUUAUAUCUUAUGUAGGAUGCACAAAGCUGGCAAAGCCCUGCACGAAUUGCUGCUCUCUGCCCAGAGACAGGAGUGUCUGACCGUUGGAGUCUAUGAGUCUGCCAAAGUAAUGAAUGUGUAAGUAUCUAACUCCCUUGCAUAGAUCCCACGCACACCCAUUACUCAUGCACACACGCAAAACACUACCCCUACACAGAUCUACACUUGUGGCUUCCUGGCAGCAGAACUAACCGUUUUUUUUUAUAUUUCUUCUCUUUCUACAGAGAUCCUGACAACGUCACAUUCUGUAUUCUGGCAGCUGAUGAGAUUGACGAGGGUGACAUUGCCUUGCAGAUUCACUUCACUCUAAUCCAGGCUUUCUGCUGUGAAAACGACAUCAAUAUUGUCAGGCUGAAUGACACAGAAAAACUAGCAGAAAUUCUUGGAAGCACGGAUGAUUCCGGAGAGCCCAAAGAUCUGCAUUGCAUCCUUAUUACGGUAAGUGUCUUGUUCCUGCUUAUCUUUGCUGACUUGGCUGAGUGCCUUUUGGCUGUGACUUGACUGUUUUCUUUUGAAACGAUGUACUCAUGAACUUUUUGUUCCUCUUCUUUUCUCAGAAUCCCAACGAGGAUGCCUGGAAAGAUCCUGCUUUAGAAAAACUUGGUCUAUUCUGCGAAGAAAGUCGCAAUCUUAACGACUGGGUGCCUUCUAUUGCACUGCCAGAGUGAAGGACUAAUUUGGGCAUUAGAUUGGGAAAUCUUUUCUGCAUUCUUAUCAUGGUGUUGUGCACCUGGAUGGGCCAGCAGCAUUCCCAGAGUGGGGAUUACGCUGGUUGAAGUUGGAUUAUGCCGCUGAGACUGGCGAGAAGUUGGCUCUUGUGGAGCAAUAGAGUAAGGUGGAAACUUGAAGAAAUUGAGUGGUUCAUACCAACUGGUGCAAAGCCUUAUACCACAGGACUGGCACUGUUGGGGCAGUCAAACAUUGUGGACCGAAGUAGAAUUUUGCAUUUAUGCUGGCUUGGUGGAAGUGCCGUCAGUGGAAAGUUUUAAGAUGGGCAUUCGGUAACAACUAGCUGAAGAGCGACAACAUAUUCUGAACUGUUUUUUUGGAGCUUUCUGGCAUGCUCAGACUGUGAAACACAUUAAAAGAGGAUGAAUUCUGGACUAUUGCAGCAGUUGAGACUUUAAGUGCUGCUCUGCAGCUUAGAAAUCCUAUACAGUGCAAUACCAUCUAUACUGCUGUUUGAAGACUGUUAACAUCAUUCAUUUUGUAACCUGGCACUGUUCUGAAAUACUAUAUGAAUUCGUUUUUUAACACAGAUACUGGUGUUAAUUUUCAAAUAUGUACUUCAAUAAAAAAAAAAAAAAAAUUGAAACUUUA